CUCAUCCCCGUCUCUGUGACCCCAGCAGAGCAGAACACUUAACACAGCAUGGGGGGAGUCAGUGAAGGAGAGGAUGUUUUAGCCAGGUGGAGCGAUGGACUUCUGUACCUCGGCAAUGUCAAACGAGUGGACAGCGUCAAGCAGUGCUGUUUGGUCAGAUUUGAGGAUAACUCUGAAUUCUGGGUCCUCAGGAAAGACAUCCACUCAUUCUCUUCAGGUGGAGAGGAGCUGUGCUGUAUCUGUGAUGCUCCGCCUCUUAAAGAACCUCUCGUAAACUGCCUCAAAUGUCGCCACGGUUAUCAUCCAGAGUGCCACACGCCGCUCAUUGAACCUGAAGUUGACCCCAACAGCUGGAUAUGUCGCCAAUGUGUCUUCGCAGUCGCAACAAAGAGAGGGGGAGCGUUAAAAAGAGGACGCUUCGCACGGCUCAUGCAGAUCAUGAAAGUGCGGCUGCCCUAUCAGCUGUCAUCUUUAGACUGGGACCCGCAGCACUUGACCAACCAGCAGCAGUGUUACUGCUAUUGUGCUGGACCAGGAGAGUGGAAUCUGAAGAUGUUGCAGUGUGGGAGUUGUGGGCAGUGGUUUCAUGAAGCUUGCACUCAGUGCCUGACCAAACCUCUUCUCUAUGGAGACCGCUUUUAUCAGUUCCAGUGCUCAGUGUGCACAAAUGGUCCAGAGACCAUCCAGAGGCUUCCAAUGACCUGGGUAGAUUUGGCCCAUUUGGUGCUGUAUCACCUCUCCCUGUGCUGCAAGAGGAAGUAUUUUGAUUUCGAUCAUGAACUCAUGUCUUUUGCAAAUGAAAAUUGGGAAUCUUUGCUUCUUGGCACGCUGUCAGACACACCGAGGCAAGACCGUUGCCAAAACCUGCUCAAUGCUUUAAAUUCCCACAAAGACAGGUUUGUUUCGGGGAAGGAAAUAAAGAAGAAGAAGUGUCUCUUCGGUCUUCAAGUUCGGGCUCCUCCCCCUCUGUCAUCGGACCAAUCACCUUUCAUCGCCGAACAGCCAAUCAACAUCACCCACAGGAGAAGCCCCAUGUCACUGCCCUGCCAGCGGAGAGCGGUGGGUCCGGAGGCCCGUAAAUUAAAGCGCCGGGUCACUGAGACACAGGGUGGUCCUUAG